AUGACGCCCGACGAUGAGCACAAUCUCUCCCCAUCUGAAACUUCGAGGCUGGAGAGACAGCAAAAAUACAUUACGAACGCUUUAGGCUUCGUGUUACAUUCUACAGUGAGACGAAGCUUGGCCGGAGAUGAUCUUGGUAUAAAGCGUUUUCGCGUCGCGGUCGUGUCUGAUACUCCCAUUAAUCUGGACGAGGAUCCCGCAAUUGACAAACCGUGGUCAACUCUGUCCCCCACCCAGAUGACUUCCUCGACUGGUGUGGCCCCAGAGUCCGCGGAGCAGUUCGAUGUUGUGGUCGUGAAUCUCCUGCACACCUCAAUGGGGGUUGACGAUUGGGAGACGACUAUCCAGAACAUGACGGAUCUAUUACGACCUGGAGGAUGGGUACAAUGGGUGGACUGGGAUCCUAUUACCGCGAGAAUAGCAGGAUCCACACCCGGAACGCCAGAUGCAUCAAAUUUGCGAGCCUUUCUCAGGAAUUAUACGGAUGUCAUACAAGCGAGGAACGUUGGCAGCACGUACCGAAUCUCCACCAUGUUGAAGAGCCACGGAUUCGUGGAGCGCGACUCGGAUAUGUAUCCCGUUGCGCCCGAUAUAGGACUUACCCGUGUUGUUGCCGAAGGAGCACUGGAUUACUUAGAGCGCACCGGAAACUUGUCACGGGAAGAGGUUAGAGCUGCAGAGGCGAAUAUUGAGCAGGAAAUUCGAGUCAGUGGACCGUUGGUCUGGUAUGAUCUGUGGUGCCACAUCGCCCAGAAGCCCACCAAGUCUUAG